AUGUCGGCAUUCAGUUGGAUAUUUUCAAGCACACAGACACGCAGGAACCGCUGCAACAAGCACGAAAUGUGGUUAGUUGCGAAAAACAGUUCCCUGCUGUCGCCUGAUCUGACGCUGAUCAUUUUACACAUUGCCUUAAGAAAUUUAAGGGUGUUGGGGUCCAUCGGGCCGAGAACCUCGAUACAUAUUAGCAAGAAUUCCAUCAAGGGGAGGGCGUUCCCAUAUUUUUUCAUUUUCUCGUCCGCUGCCCUGGCCGCGGCCAAACCGCAUUCUUUACUUGUCAGGUUUACAUAUCGUUCGGCAAGGGUGCCAGGGACCGUAACAUCCCACGCCAAACAUCUGCCGGCUCUCCAAGGUAUUAGUAUCCGGGCGCCUACCAUCAUGCUCAGAAAAGCCGGAUGGUUCCUUGAGAACCGGGAUUGA